AUCGGUCGUCUCGGGUGGACGUGCGUUUUAGUUGCUGUUGCCGGCCAAGUGGUGUGUCGGAGUUCCGGUAUUCCGGCAGUGAGAGUGACAGGGAUAGCCUGCGUGUUCUGUGCUGUUUUUGCGUGCUGCGCUUUGGGAUGUUGUUGUUGGAAAUCGUCGCUGGAAGCCAGCUGGUUGUGGUGGAAUAACGGGGAACACGAAACAGUCUCAUUUCCCAGUGCUUUGUGACCUAGUGGCUCAACUCGGAGGAAUUUGUGCUAAAGAGUGUUGUGAGAAGUCAAGAUUAAAUCUCAAUCGGAGUGGAUGAAGCAUCAUUUUGAGCGGUGAAAUACAAAAGUAACAAAAAGGAUAAAUUAACCGACCACGACAAGUAAAGGUGAUCAAGAUCGGAAAAAAGUGAAACAAGAGCGAAAAUAAAAAAAAAAACAAGGAGUGUUUCGGAAAGCCUUCUGAAGAGCAAAGUGAACGAAGGCCGCAUAUGCCGCUGGUGGAAUUGCUUUUAUGAAGAUUGUCAUAUCAUCUUGGUGCCGGAGACAUAGGACGUUAUAUUAACGUCCUACUCAUGUAUAGUUGGCCAAAGCGAUGGCCAAACUAGACUCGUCGAUAUGUAUAGGUUUUGUUAUUAAAUUAUUUAUUUUAAUUAGUUUAAGCUUAAGUAGUCAUUCACAACGCAGACCCAUCAAUAGGUUAGCUAGUAGGCCCGUCCAUCGUGUUCAUCCAUGCGAGCAGAGUAGUUGCUAUCCGGCCACCGGAAAUCUGCUGAUCGGCCGAGAGAACCGGCUGGAGGCGUCUUCGACGUGCGGUAUCGGGCGACCGGAACGCUACUGCAUCGUGUCCCAUCUGGAGGAGAAGAAAUGCUUCCUGUGCGACACCCGGCCGGAAACGGCGCAAAUCCCGAUGAAGAACCACCGGAUCGGGCAGAUCAUCUACAAGACGCAACCGGGCACCCUUGAACAAUCUUGGUGGCAAUCGGAGAAUGGCAAGGAAAACGUUACCAUCCAGCUCGACCUGGAGGCAGAAUUUCACUUUACCCAUUUGAUCAUCGUAUUCGCAACGUUCCGACCGGCGGCUAUGUUAAUUGAGCGAUCGUACGAUUUCGGAAAGACAUGGCACGUGUACCGGUAUUUUGCCCACAACUGUCGAGAGUCUUUCCCCCAUGCGCCGAGCGUAGCCAAGAACAUUACCGACGUGAUCUGUGACCAUCGGUAUUCGAGCGUUGAGCCGUCGAAGAACGGUGAAGUGAUCUACCGGGUGCUACCGCCGAUGAACAUUGAGAAUCCUUAUGCGGAACAUGUGCAGAAUAUGUUGAAGAUGACCAAUUUGAGGAUCAACUUCACGAAGCUGCAUACGCUGGGUGAUACGCUGCUGGACGAUCGACAGGAAAUUCAGGAGAAGUAUUACUACGGUAUUUCGAAUAUGAUCGUUCGUGGUUCGUGUUCGUGUUAUGGUCAUGCUUCGAGGUGUCUGCCGCUGGAUGGAGUGAAGAAUACGAUCGAUAUGGUCCAUGGACGUUGCGAGUGUACUCACAAUACCAAGGGUUUGAAUUGCGAAGAGUGUGAAGAUUUCUUCAACGAUCUGCCUUGGAAACCCGCCUUGGGCAAGCAAACUAAUGCUUGUAAAAAGUGUAAUUGUAACAACCACGCGACCAGUUGUCACUUCGAUCAAGCGGUUUACGAACACUCGGGACGUGUGAGUGGAGGUGUUUGUGACAACUGUCAGCACAAUACCCAAGGUUAUCACUGUGAGGAAUGUGCACCGUUCUUCUAUCGGGAUCCUCAUGAGGAUAUCCAGAGUCCGUAUGUAUGCAAACCGUGCGAUUGCGAUCCUCGUGGGUCGUUGGAUGAUGGUAUUUGCGAGUCCAUCGGAGAUGAGGAGAACGGAAUUGAACCCGGUGCCUGUCACUGCAAGAGGAACGUCAAUGGACGACGAUGCGAUCAAUGUAAAGAAGGGUUCUGGAAGUUUGAUGAGAGCAAUCCGGACGGUUGUCAGGAGUGUACCUGUAACAUUUUGGGAACGGUCAACAAUGCGGGUUGCAAUGUUUAUACUGGCGAGUGUAUCUGUAAGCGAUUCGUAACCGGCCGGGACUGUAACCAAUGUAUUCCGGAGACUUAUGGUCUGUCGGACAGUGUCGAGGGUUGCAGCCUCUGUAAUUGUCAUCCGGGUGGUUCGUUGGAUAAUAAUUGUGAUGUGAUCACCGGCCAAUGUCGCUGUCGACCACAUAUGCAAGGACGUGAUUGUAGCGAGCCGAAACAGUACUACUUCAUUCCGACGCUGCAUAAGGUUUUGGAGGCGGAGUUCCCAGGAACGAUCUGUGAUUUCUACUCUUCACCAGCGAACUGUUCCGUGGUCAUUCGAGAGCAUCCGCACGAUCGUCAGCCGGGUUGGACCGGCCCCGGAUUCAUCCGCGCCUACGAAGGUAUCGAGCUGAAGUUCACCGUCGAUGAUAUCCCCAAGACGAUGAACUACGACGUGCUGGUCCGCUACUCGCCGCAAAUGAAGGGCGACUGGGAGGACAUCCGGAUGUCGGUGGUCCGACCGGAUCAAUACGACCCAGAGGGACCUUGCGCUAACUCGCACCCGAACUAUGAACAAGACGUUCGCACGACUCUCUCGGAGUAUGAGAGCAGUACUGUGGCACUACAGGAUGUCUGUCUGGAGACGGGCAAAACGUACAAAUUUAUCGUUUCGUUCCAUCGGCAGAACCCGUACGAGGACAACCCAGCUGCUCAAAUUUUAAUCGAUUCGCUCGUUUUGGUCCCCCGCAUUGAAGUGACACCAAUUUUCCACGGCUCACCGCAAGCCGAGGUCCGCUAUCGGGAGUACAAAGAUUUGGGAUGCAACCACACGUACUACGAUGUCAACUAUGACUCUAAUGCCCGACCCGAGUGUAAAGAUCUACUCAAUACGGUUUCAGUUUUCGUCUUCAAUGGAGCAACGCCUUGCGAAUGUAAUCCAACCGGGUCGACAACCAAAAAGUGUGACGAGUUCGGAGGAUAUUGUACCUGUAAGACGAAUGUCGUGGGACGACAGUGCGAGAAAUGUGCCCCGGGAACCUAUGGAUUUGGGCCGGAAGGAUGCAAAUCUUGCGAUUGUAACAGCAUCGGGUCCAAGGACAACGAUUGCGACCUGGUGACCGGUCAGUGCAGCUGUCAUCCGAAUACCUACGGGCGGGAGUGCGAUCAAUGCCAGCCUGGGUUCUGGAACUUCCCCAAUUGUCAGAUGUGUGAGUGUAAUGGUCACACGCCGGUUUGUAACUCGAAAACUGGGGAGUGCUUGCAGUGUCAGGACUAUACCCGGGGAUGGAAAUGCGAUCGCUGUUUGGAGGGUUAUUAUGGCAAUCCCUUGCUGGGAUCGGAAAUUGGAUGCCGACCUUGCCGCUGUCCGGACACAAUUGCUUCCGGCCAUUCGUACGCGAACGAGUGCUUGCUGGAUCCCAAAACAAACGAUGUCAUCUGUCUGUGCGAUCAAGGUUAUGCUGGAUCGAAAUGUGACGUUUGUUCCGAUAACUACUACGGCAAUCCGGAACGGCCCGGAGGCCUCUGCAAGCCGUGCGAUUGUAGCAACAAUGUGGAUCUGAAUCAGCCCGGUAAUUGCGAUGCCAAGACGGGUAAAUGUCUGCAGUGUUUGUACGAAACCGAAGGAGAUCGUUGCGAGUACUGCCGGGAUGGAUAUUACGGAAAUGCGUUGGAUCAGGAUUGUCGGCCGUGCGAUUGUCACGCGCUGGGAACGAAUCAAACGAUACAGCAUUGCGAUCGGUACACGGGACAGUGCCCGUGUUUGCCGAAUGUUCGGGGCCAAUACUGUGAGGAGUGUAUCGAGAAUCACUGGAAGAUUGCUAGCGGUGAAGGAUGCGAGGCCUGUCGCUGCGAUCCGGUUGGAUCGGUCGAUGAGCAGUGUAAUCCGUACGACGGUCAGUGUACAUGCAAGCAAGGUUUCGGAGGACGCCAAUGUAACCAGUGCGAAGCCAAUUUCUGGGGUAACCCAAAUGUUCAGUGUAAUCCUUGCGAUUGUAAUCCAUAUGGAGCGGCUACGAAUCAGUGUGAUCGGCAAACGGGUCAGUGUGUCUGCAAUCCGGGUAUCGGAGGCUAUAAGUGUGACCAAUGUGCUCGAGGCUACCUUGGUGAAGCUCCGUACUGCGAUCCAUGUGGAGAGUGCUUCGACAAUUGGGACAUUAUUCUGGAUGGUCUGAAAGAGGAAACCAACAGAACGAUUGAGGAGGCAAAGGCUAUUAAAACUCGGGGUGCUACCGGUGCCUACAAGAAGGAGUUCGAUUCAAUGGGUAAGAAAAUCGAUACGAUCAAGAGUCUGUUGACGAAUACGAUUUCGGAUCGGGAGAUUGAGUCGAUUGAUGAACGGAUCGCCACUAUUCGUGAACAUUUGAAGUUGUCGCUGCAGACGUUGGAAGAAUCGGAGCAACGGUUGCACAACACCAGCUCGAACAUUAACUUGGCGAACAUCGAUAUCGACGGAUUGAAUAAGCGCGCCGAAGAGGUGAAACAGUUCGCAAAGUACCUGAAGGAUAACGCAACAAAACUACAAGAGGGUAAUAUUGAGGGAGCAUUGAAUUUGACUCGUGAUGCGUUCAACCAAGUGACGAUGCUAGCGGAUACCAAUUUGGAGAUUCGAGAUCUGAACGACAACGCCGAGCGACAGUGCAAGCGAACGGAGGUUCUGUUGAAGAAGAACCAGGAUCACUUCAACAAUCAGCACGAUAACAACGAAGCAUCGUUCAUUAAGUAUCAGGACGAAUUGGACACUCUGAAUGCCAACAUUCCCGAUUUGAACGAAAGAAUUUGCGACAGACGCGGUGAUCCGUGCGAUGAUUUGUGUGGUGGAGCCGGUUGCGACGGUAAAUGUGGUGGAAUGAACUGCGAGCGUGGUGCUUUGACACGGUCCGAGAAGGCGCUGAACUAUGCGAAAAAAACGGAACAGAGCAUCAAGAAGAAGGAAGAACAGGCAGAUGAGAUUUUGCGUGCGAUGUCACAAGCGAAAACAAAUGCAUCGGAAGCAUUCAAGAAGGCGAAACGUGCUCACGAUAAGGCCAAGGCGCACCACGAUACGACUAGGGAACUGAUUGAUUCGGCAAAUACUGUCGUUAACCAGCUGACCGACAUCAUCAACAACAACACGGCUACGCCAGAGAAGAUAAGCCAGCUGACCGAUGAGAUUCAGGAAUACACCUUGCAACUGGAUCCGGAGCAGAUACAGAAACUGGCGGAACAAAUCGAUGAAGCUGUAUCGCAUCUGGAAAAUGUCGAGCAGAUCAUUCAAACAACCGAACACGAUUUGAGGCGCGUCGAUCAGCUCAAGGCCGAAACGAUGGACACCAAAAAUCGGGCAGACAAUGUGCUAAAGGAAGCCAUCGAUGUGACGAAAGCGCUAGACGAUGCCGAUGAGGCUCAGAAAAAGGCUAGACAGUCUAUCAAGCGUGCGAACGAAGACAUUCAAUCGGCUAAGAUUGAUCUGGAAGAGAUUGACAAGGAAACCGAUGACGCCCAUAAGCGCGCCAGUGAAACCUCGGGUAAGGUCGAGGAUCUGAAGAUUCGUCUUAACCGGGUGCAUGUUAGCAACGUGCAGAAUGAUCAGGAGGCCGAUGACAUCAUCAAGCAGUCCGAUACGGUUGAAGAAUCUGCAAAUACGGCCCACGAGUUAUCGACACAGCUCAAGGAACUCUACCAAACGGCAAACGGCACAUUGACGGCUCGAUCGAACGCUUCGGAAAGUGCUCGGGAACGUGCCCAGCAGCUGCUUAAUCGUGCUUCGAAGAUCACCGUGGAAACCACCAACCAGCUCAAGAAACUGCAAGAUCUCUACAAAACGUACGAAUCCAAUCAGAAGGAUCUGCAAUCGCUGGAAGGACAGAUCCAGGGCAUGACGGGGCAGAUUAACGAAUAUCUUAACAAAAUCCAGAGCGAUGCCGAUCGUUACCGACAGUGUACGACGUGAGGAAAUGAAAACGAAACAACAGCAAAAUACUAACAGAAUCUUAACACCAAACGUUGAGCCAUCGGAAGACCGCAGGUUUCCGACUUACGAAUACGGCAAAACGAAUAAAGCAAAUGAUUGUGUUCAAAACAUGACCAAUUCAGAAACGGAAUUGCUCUACGUUUGUGAAACCUGAACCAAUUGAUACAUUUUAACGAAAAUAAAAGAGCAAGAGAAGAUAGUUAUUUAAAUGGACCAAGUUUUCAUUAGAUGUCAGCUAGUAAGCAUAAAACUUGAACAAAUUUGUGCAACGUUAUAUUUGUUGUGCAAUAUACGCAUUUUUUACAAACAACUCUACUCACCGAACAAUAUUGAAAAAUAAUGUGCCAAAAACGUAAACAGAUAGACUAAAAUUGCCUUCAGAAGUGUGCGUGUGCCUUUUUGCUUGUUAACAAAUUCUAUCAACUAUUAAAAUAAAGAAAAAUUAAAAGCAUUUCACUAGACAGUUAAAAAUAUGUCGUCGCGUAUUAUGUGCAGAGUAAUAAAACAAAAUAUUAAAAAUAAUCUCGUCAUGCUUUGUUGUAUCCUAACUACUGCCUGUAUAGUAAAUACAAAUACAAAAAUAAAACAAAUAACAUAUAAACUCAAAAGCGAACGCCAUUUUAGUCCUUACCAGUGUGCGGUGUGACAAAGAUAAAAACAUGCUCGCGCUAGAUCAGUGAAAAACUAAAAUGACAAGGAGCGAGCAAACGAACGAAUUCAGUCCCAGCAGAGCCAAGAAUACUUUGAAAGAUUCUACUACUAUUGUCUAUUUCAGCGAGUAAGGAGCAAUUUAUCUAGCCAGUAGAAUUCUUUUUUUUUUCUUAAUAUAUAUGCGAUGUAUACUAGCGAUAAUUAUUGUAGAUUCUAACCGAGCGCAAAGAAUUGAAGAAGGAGAAUCGAACAAAUGCAAAUCGGUGCAAAGUAAAGCAAUACAAAACAGUCAUAACGAUUUCAAAACUGCUAAUAAGUGUACUUUCGGUUGUCGUAAAUAAAAAACCUAUUUUUAAUGUAA